AUGGCCAGGAUGUUUGCGCUCUUGCGUGUGCUUUUGAUUUGGAUAGGAAGUGGAUAUGCAAAACAAACUGUGUCACCAACUGAUGGUUUUACUCAACAGACAUUAACUGACGAAAACAUUGAGAUACAAAAGCCAUAUGAUAAAAAUCUCUCGGAGCGUUACAGCUACACUGAUGGCGUCCAUGACAUGUGGGUUUACACAUAUGACAAAGCGCAUGAUCCCCAGAGCAACACCAGGCCCAGGACAGAAAUCCGCAUCUUGGGAAAGGACCAUAAAAGUGGGGUGUGGCAAUUCGAGGGAGAUGGGUACGUUCCAGAGGGGGCAAAUGGAGUAUGCGUGAUGCAGAUUCAUGGCUAUGUGGGGCCCGCCACUGUGAUAAUGUUAGAUGUUGUCGAUGGAAAUUUAAGGCGAUACCAUGACCAAUUGGUGACUACAGAUGUUUUUGAUCGGUGGUUUCAUCUGAAUGUUAUUCAUGACACAGACCAGAGGAAAGCGUAUGUGUUCAUAGAUGGGAAGGAGACUUUAGCAGUUAAUGUCUCAGGUGGGGAUAGCUAUUAUUUUAAGUGUGGAGUGUACGCUAAUACCAACUCUUCAUUUUGUAUGGAAGCCCGUUGGAAAAAUAUCAAACUCUGGAGCAAAUAA